GGUCGAAGUCUUUCGUUCGUGCGGUCGUUGUAUCUGAAACGAUCGAUCAACGACUACCGAAGACUGCCUAUCGAAUCGGAGCUGUGCUACCAGAGGCAGAAGAAGAACACGAGAGAGAGAGAGAGAGAGAGAGAGAGACAGAGACAAAGACAGAAAAUGGCCCCCACUCAUCGCGAAGAAGAAAUAGAGGGGCGCUCGUAUAAAGAGUAUGCUUACAGCCCUGUACCAGCGAGUUCCUCCUCGGCUGUGUACGAAACAACCACCACUACCCUCGUUAAAGAACCCUACGUUGUAUCUACUAAUAACGGAGAAGAGUUUAAAAAAUCUACAUUUGGAAUCGUUACGAGCAAGUGCAGUGCUGCCGAAAUGGGUGAAAAAGGAUCUACUCUGUUGCAGUAUAUUGCUGCAGCUGCAGCCAAUCUCAGUAUAAUGGCGACAGGAGCGAUGUUGGGUUGGACCAGUCCGAUAUUAGGUAGACUUAUGGUGAAAUCCGAUGACAAUCCUUUGGACACUCCCAUUACCGCAGAUGAAUCAUCCUGGAUCGGAUCGUUGGUAGCCAUUGGUGCUGCUGUUGGAAGUUUCGCAGCUGGAUAUUCCGCUGAAAGAUUUGGCCGAAAAUACACUCUACUAUUUUGUAUCGUACCUUAUUUGAUCGGUUGGGCGUUGAUAGCUACGGCACAUAAUGUAGCUCAGUUUUACGUUGCUCGAUUGAUAUUUGGAGUUGCCUUGUCCUUCGCCUUCACUGUCGUACCUAUGUACGUGGGAGAGAUCGCAGAGACGUCCAUCAGAGGAGCAUUGGGAUCCUUUCUUCAAUUAUUCAUCACGUUUGGAUUGCUCUAUUCUUACGUCAUCGGUCCGUACGUUUCUUACACGGUCUUUUGGAUCCUCUGUGCCUGUCUACCGGUCAUCUUCUUCGUUUUAUUUCUAUUAAUGCCAGAAUCACCUUACUAUCUAAUCUCCAAGGGUAACAGAGAAGCUGCCGUUACUGCGUUAGCCAAAUUACGCAGCAAGAGCGAAAUGGCUGUACAGCAAGAGGCAGACGACAUACGGGAUGCCCUCGAGGAAUCAAUGAAAACGCAGACCAAGAUUUCGGAUCUAUUCACCAUCAAGGCAAAUUUUAAGGCCCUCAUAUUCACCUGUUUCCUGGCAUCCUUUCAACAGUUGACCGGUAUCAACGUUGUUCUAUUUUACAUGCAAAGUAUCUUUGCCGCAACUGGUAGCACCAUGGAUCCAAACGUGUCUACGAUCAUAGUUGGUUCCGUUCAAGUAGCCGCAUCUUUCGUCACGCCAUUGAUCGUCGACAGACUGGGCAGACGAUUGCUUCUCAUAACUUCCGGCAUAGGAGAGAUCGUUACUUUGGCUGCUCUGGGUCUUUUCUUUUAUUUAAAAGACGUCAAAGAGGACGUCGAAGUCGUGGAAUCGAUCUCGUGGCUUCCGGUGGUUUCGCUCGUCAUCUUUAUCGCUACCUAUUGCAUCGGUUGGGGACCUCUUCCAUGGGCAGUGAUGGGCGAGAUGUUCGCCUCUGACGUAAAGUCGAAAGCUUCCGGUAUUACAGUCUCCAUAUGCUGGCUCUUGGCUUUCUUCAUUACGAAAUUCUCGAGCAACAUCACCGAGGCCUUCGGUAAUCACACAACCUAUUGGAUGUUUGCCGUCUUCUGUGUUAUCAGUGUUCUGUUCACCAUAUUUGUACUACCUGAAACCAAGGGCAAGAGUUUGCAACAGAUUCAGGAUGAGUUGAACGGCGUGAAACCGUCGAUGUCCGAAUUCAGUCAUUCUGUUUUACCUACCAAACAAUGAAGGUAUCUUUCGGGGUCGGAGAUGGUUCGUAUUUUAAAUGACGAUCAUUAUCCUAGCACGAGUUAUUACGGGUCAUUCGUUAAUAAAGAAGACGCGUAGAAUUAUGAUUGUCUUUCUUCGGCCCUGGCCACAAGAUUCGAUGACUUUUGGUCAUCGCCAUAUAAGUGGCGCUUCGGGAAACACGACGAACCAACAAUUCUUUUUUUUUUCUUUUUUUUUUUAUCAGUAUUGGACAGGAAGGACGUUUUACACAACCCUUUUGUCUUCGACGUCGUAUCGUAUGAGAUCUUCCCGAACAUUCCCAAGGGAAACGUGUAUCUCUGAGAUCCUAAGAUCGUAAUAAUUGUGUUCCGUGUCGAGUUGUCCGUGAUGAAAUAGAUAUAAACUCUUCUUUUCUCUUCUUUAUUUUAUAAUAACUCGUAAGAAUACUAUAAGCGCAAAGCACUAUAUUUUUUUAAUGAUAUUUUAGCGAAGAACUUUUGAAGACGUCAACGAUAGCGGCGACUAAGAGAGAGAGAAAGAGAGAGAGAGAGAGAGAGAGAGAGAGAGAAUACGUGUAUAUUCCUUUCGCGAGUAUGAAAACUCGUCCGUGUCACAUUUGUUUCCUUUCUUCUUUUUCCUUUUCUUUUCUUUAUUAUUAGAUCGAAUGGUGUAUUAAUUUAAAUAAUAGAAUAGCUUUUUAUUCGGAUUCCGAGCUAUACUACGUAUGUAAGUUUCUUUAGCGUGGAUCGAGCCUGAUGCAAGUCGAACUGGGAAACCGGACUGAAGCUCAAUCGACUACUACUAAUAUUAUUAUUAUUAUUACUACUACAGCUCCGCUCGUUUCUUCGAUAUAAACGUCAUGAAUAUUCUGGGUUUUUAUUAUUAUUAUUAUUAUUAUUUUUCUUCUUCUUCUUCUUCUUCUUCUUAUACUUUGUAUAUGCGAACGAGAAACGAAACAUAUGAAAACACUCUACGCUUAUUCAUUUCGGCCAAUUUCAAACAUACACAAAGAUUUGUUUGUAUACAUUUAAUGAAAAUUCUAUUCAACUUUUUUCUAUCGAAACUCUGAAAUAACGCGUUGAAAGUAAGUCCGUCAAUUUCAUUCGCGAUCGCGAGACUAGUUAAGAUUCUAAGAUUAUAAUAUUUCGAUAAACACGUGAAUGAACUUUCGAAUACGAAAAAUUUAUCACAUUUGUAAAAUAAUAUCGAAUCUUUUGUCACUUUUUAUUUAGACGUUGAUUAUCAUCUAUACGUAUACGUAUUAUUUUAUUAUAUAACUCGACUAUUAUUAUUAAGACUUUUAUUUAGAAAUAUCAAUGAGAAAAAGUCGUAAUAAUCAAACAAUUAAAUAUUGAAACAAAUGUAACAAGAGAGGGAAGAGAGAACAAAGAGCGUUAGUGUUUUUCACAGAAAUUUGUGGCCUAAUCGGUGAUCCAUUAACUGCGCAAUAAUCAAUUUAUUAUCAUCAAGCUGUCGUCCAUUCGUAGGUGCUAACAUGAUCGAGUAUAAAAAAAAAAAAAAAAAGAUAGAAAAAAAUUGAAAAUAAAAAAAAAAAUACAAGAAAAAAGAAA